AAAAAAGAAACGCUUCUCACUCCUUAACAGUAGGUGGCGGUAAUGCAAUAAAACGCUGUUUACAAUGGUAGAAGAAGAAGAAGACGACGGGCAAACAUGGUCGCGGCAAGGUUGCCUCCAGCUGCGCUCACACUGAAACAGUUCCUGCAGAGGCAGAAGGUUCUGGGUAUUUAUAGAAGCAUGUUGAGGGCCAUCCAGCAGGUACCGGAGGAGGCAGACCGGAAGUACCUGAGGGACUGGGCCAGAGACGAGUUCAAGAGGAACCGUGGUGCCACUGACCAGGACGCCGUCCGCAUGAUGAUCACGCAGGCUAAGAACCAUCUGGAGGAGCUGCAGAAGUCCCUUGCACUGGCCAGGAGCAGCUGACCCCCGGAACCUGCGUGUGCAGAGCGGCAGACAGGGAUUCACGAUAACGGACUGAAAAAGACAGUUUAAUACCAAGUCAUGCAACAGGACGUCUGGUGGUGAGCGCUACAUGGGAUCUACAGCCGGCAGGGAUUCUGUUUGUGGCAAGACGAAAACACGUCGGGCGUCCUGCUCACGCUUCUCCUGCUGAACCAUCUGCUGGAUCCUGUGCAGACACUCGCUCCUCUCUGCAGACACCCGCUCUGCGGUCAGCUUGUCCAAAGCCCGGAUCUGACAGACACCACAGGCGCAUGAAAAACUACGACACUAUUGAUGUCCGAGUCGCCAUUUUUAAGUGAUUUGAACGGUGAGAGUCAGGGUCUGCUGAUGUCACAUGAGUCAAUAAAAAAUAAAAAAAUUGUGAUUGUGCCUCCAAUAAUGACUGUUUUAAUU